AUGGCUCCGGUGGCCACUACCAAUGGCUAUGGGGGGAUGUAUCUCCCCGACGACCCUGAUAGAGCUGGGCUAGCUCAGAGGGAACAGACGCGCCCACUGCUGAACAAUCCAUCGCCUGACGAUGUUGAAAUCCUAGAGCAACUCUACGGCUCCCGGAAGAGAAUGCGCAUAGCCGUCCUGGGAGCUGGUAUGUCUGGGUUGAACUUCUUCAAGACCGCGGAGCAGAGACUCAAGAAUGUGGAAAUUAUAUGCUACGAGAAGAACGCUGAUGUGGGUGGCACUUGGUAUGAAAACCGGUACCCGGGGUGUGCAUGCGAUAUCCCCAGCGUGGUGUACCAGUUCCCCUGGAGACCGUCACCGUGGUCCAGAUAUUAUUCCUACUCGCCAGAAAUUUGGGAAUAUAUCAAAAAGGUCGAGCAGGAGAACAAUUUUGUUGAAAAAUACGUCAAGUUACGGCACCGGAUUGUUGCUCUUUCUUGGGACGAAGGCACCGCCCAGUGGAGUAUUCGCGUGCAGGACCUCAGCACAGGACGCGAAUUUGAAGAUCAUGCCGAUAUGGUUAUCGAUGGAGGGGGCGUCCUGAAUAAAUGGAAGUGGCCCGAUAUUCCCGGCCUGCAUGACUUCAAGGGCACCCUCCUCCAUUCAGCGCAGUGGGACCAGAACACGGAUCUCCAGGGUAAACGGGUCGCACUGAUUGGGGCCGGGAGCAGCGCAGUUCAGAUCCUGCCGAACAUCUACGACAAAGUCGACAGGGUAUACACCUGGAUUCGGAACAAGAUCUGGAUCACUGCCGGCUUCGCUCAGGCAUUCGCCGGCAAAGACGGUGCAAAUUUCAUCUACAACGAAGAACAACGAAAAUUGUUUGACGACCCCGAUGAAUAUCUCGCAUACUGCAAAAUGAUUGAAGGGGAACUCAAUCAACGAUUCGGUUUCAUCAUCAACGGUUCCGAAGCCCAAAAAGCUGCACGCGAGUACUCCGAGAACGAGAUGAAAACACUGCUUAAAGACCGCCCGGACAUUCUGGAGAAAAUCAUGCCGACCGACUUCUACGUUGGAUGUCGUCGUCCCACUCCUGGAAACGGAUACUUAGAAGCCCUCAUUGGCGAAAAGACCACGCCCUUUACCUCCCAACUCCAAAAGAUUACGGAGAAGGGGUUCAUCGAUCCAGACGGCCAAGAGAGGGAAGUCGACGUGAUAAUCUGCGCCACGGGCUUCGAUACAUCUUACAAGCCCCGCUUCCCUCUGAGCGUGAAUGGUGUGUCGAAGAACGAAGAAUGGAAAGAUCACCCUCAUGUGCCUUCUUACUUGAGUCUCGGAUUGGCUGAGGUGCCCAAUUACUUCGUAUAUGGAGGCGCCUAUUGUCCCUCGGCACAUGGCAGUUUCUUUCCCUUGAUCGAGGGGUACUGCAACUAUACGAUUCAAGUGAUUGAGAAGAUGCAGGUGGAGAACAUCAGGAGUGUGAGGCCCAAAGCGAAGGUAGUGGACCAAUUCUUGAGGCACGCCGAUUCGUUCUUGAAGAGGACGGCAUGGACAGGACCUUGUUCGAGCUGGUUCAAGGGCGGCAAAGUCGACGGCAAGCCCGCAAUCUACCCGGGCUCGCGGCUGCACUUCCUACGCCUGCUCGAGAAGCCGCGGUUCGAAGACUACGAGAUCGACUACGACGACCCGGACAACAUGUUUGGCUUCUUCGGCAACGGAUUCCACAUCUGCGAGAGGGACGGGAGCGACAUCACCUGGUACAUGGGCGCCCCGAAGAAGGAGGUGGACCCGGAGAAGAUCAAGAAGAUCAUGGACGGCACCAAGGGCAUUGAGAUGAAGAGGUUGUCGUCGUCGUGA